AUGGCCGACGAGAUUCGGCGCUCUGGCCGCGCCAACAAAGGCCACCACACCAAGAAUCAAGAUGCGCUCGACGAGCCCUCCCCCGCUCCCAAGGCCAAGGCAGCAGCAGCAGCAGCACCGCCAGCCUCGGAGACAAAGAAAGGACAGGCGCAAACCAAGAAGGGACAAGCAAAGACACAACAACAGCGGGCACAAUCGACGCAGUCCGCUGAAAACGAUGACGAUGAGGAGGAGGAAGAUGCCAUCAUCCGGUGUGUAUGCGGUGACCAGCGCGACAUCCGUGGACGCCAGAUGAUCUGCUGCGACAAAUGCGAGGCCUGGCAACACAACAAGUGCUUGGGCCUACCCGAAGGCGACUUCUGGGAAGGCAAGAACUACUACUGCGAGCAGUGCAAGCCCGAAGAUCAUGUCGAGCUUCUUGCUGCCAUGGCGCGCGGAGAGAGACCAUGGGCGCGCAAGAAGGGCUCCAAGCCGAAGCCCCGCCCCAGCGACGUCAAGCAGGAAGCCGUCUCGGAGAAGGCGAGCACACCGCAGGCUUCGGCGACCCCCUCGCAAACCGCUCCAGCUCCUGUCGAGACUCCCACGUCUCCGCCCGCUCCGGUAGCUGAACCCACGCCAGAAGCUUCCAAUGGACAUGCAGAGCCCAAGGAAAACAAGAGUCAGCCACAAUCGCCUGUCGGCGAGAAGCGUCGCCACGAGCCUGCCACCGAAAAGGCCAACGCCAGCAAGAAGCGUAGAAAGUCCAGUCACCACGAGAGCAAGCCUGCUCCCCAAUCAACUCCAGUUGGUGACAUCGAUGCGCUGCCGCAAAACCAGAAGGCUGUCGCAGAGAAACUCCGUGAUACCCUGGCACCAUUGAUUAGCACCGCCUCCGACUCCAGGGGAUACCGCAUACCUGACGGCCAGACAGCCAAGUCUCUCGCCACCAAGCUCACUCUUCAAAUGAGCCACGCUGCUUUUGAGCUCUACGGUGAGCCCACAGGUUCAUCUUCGCCAUACUUUAUCAAAAUGCGGGCCAUUAUGUUCAAUGUCAAGAAGAACACGGUCCUUGUAGAUCGCCUCCUAUCUGGAAGUCUGAAAGCCGAUGACCUCGUGAGCAUGGAGGCGGAAGAGAUGGCGAGCGAAGACAAGCAACGCGAGUACGCCGCCAUGCGCGAAGCGGCUGAGAAGCAGAUGAUCUUAACCGAGGAGACUGGACCACGACUACGCAAGACACACAAGGGCGAAGAGCUUGUUGGCGAAGACACCUUCGAGAAUGACCAUGAUGACUUCAAGCAGCCCAGUCUUCGCGAGCGCGAGAGCAUCACCGAGGACACAGCUAUGCAGUCACCUAUCGGAACACGCCCACCAGAGAGUCCUGCAGGCGCACGACCAUCUACUGGGAAUGAUGCUUCGCAGGCCGAGCAUGCACGACGGGCAUCGGCCAAUUUUGACAUCAACUCUGUCUUCGACAAAGUCAGAUCGCCGCAGCAUGAUCAGCAGACAUUCCUUCAGCGUCGCCAGAGUUCGAUGCAUAUGCAAGACAAGCCUCAAGCCGCCGUGGAUGACGCGGACGUUGAUCGUUUGCUCAAGGAUGAGGACAACGAUGUAGAAAUGUCAGGUUAUUCCUCGGACCCGACAGUAUGCUGGCAAGGAUCUAUCAACAUGCAGUCAAUGGAACCCUUUGACGCUGUUGCUAGAUUCGUCGCUGGUGGAGAUUUUGGUCAAAUUGUGCCUUGGGAGAAGCUGCUGACCAACAUUGUGGCGAUUCAAGGACGCAUCGAAAGUACCAAGGGUAACGAUUACAUUCAAAACAUCGGACACACCGAAAGCCAUGAGGUGUCGAUCCUUGCUAUCAGUCCCGUCACCACGGACGGGCGCACGAUCAUGGACCAUCUGUACGAAUACUUCCACUCGCGUGGCAGAUGGGGUGUAGUACCUGUUGAAGGCAACGACAUACUGCGCGACCUCUAUGUCAUUCCUAUCGAAGAGGGUGGCAGCAACCUGCCGCCCUUCAUCGACAUGCUUGAGUACUGCACGAUCGAGACGCCCCGCAAGGAGCACAUGUUGAUACUCGCCAUGGUUGCUAAGCUGCCUGAGGUCAAACCUCAGCUUCCUCCUACCCAACAUUUCGAGCGAUACCCAGAACAGGAUAUCGCAGCCGGUCAAGCUCCUCAGCCCGUUCUCAACAACGGUCCAUCUCCAUUCACCAACCCUCAUGCUCCGCAAAUGUCGCCUGUCAGUGCUGCCUAUCCACAGGGCCAGUACGGUAACCCAUUCGCCGCUCCGCCUGCAAAUAUGGUCCCUAUUCAACAACCGACGCCGCCAAUUAACGCACCGCCACAUCACCAGAUACCCAAGGCACUUGAGAUUCUUGGUCCGUACAUUGAUUCACCUGUCAUCGUUACCAUUCUUGGCUCCAGCCUGUCUCAGAACUCGGCGGUCUCGGAACUACAGAUGCUCAACCUCAGGCACAUUGUCGAAACUGUACCUGAAGCGCGCGAUAACAUAACGGUGCUUACAAACCACUUGCGCUCAAAGAACGAGUCAAAUGGGCAACAACAGGCACAGCCAUCUGGACCCCCUUAG